AUGGGUGACACUGAAAGGCAGCUCAGAUGGGCACUGAUAUGUGGUAUUGAUGUGCACUGGUAGGCACUGAUAUGUGGCAUUGAUGCAGGGGCGGACUGACAACUCAUGGGGCCCCCAGGCAAUAGGGGAUCAUGGGGCCCCUGUGUCCUUGCCCAAACUCAAAAAAGCCUAUGAAAAAGGUACCAGGGGCAUCUCAUGGGGCCCCCUACUGACCCCGGGCCCUCGUGCAGUGCCCGAGUUUCCAAAUGGUCAGUCCACCCCU